CCGCCUGAGUCAGCCUAAAGUCACCAUCGUCAGGCUAAACAUGAACUUGCGUCCACUGCGCGUGGUCGUGACGGGGCUGGAGGCGGGGUUGGAGGCCGGCGGCAGCUACGCGGUGCUCUGCAGGGCGCACGGCUCACACCCUCCCGCCCACCUCACCUGGCACCUCGGCACCCAUGAUGACUGGGUGCUGCUUCAGGGCACCCAGGAGCGGGCGCAUGGGAUGGUGUCUGAGAGUCACCUGUCCCUGACAGUGACGCGCGACCAUCACGACAGCGUCUUGUCCUGUACAGCAACCAACCCCAACCAGCCUCUCUACAGCCUCACCAACGCCUCCCGCCUCUACGUCACAUGCUACUAA